UACUGUGACUGCGACAGACUGAGAAGAUGCAUCAUAUCACAUGAGUACAGCCUGUAUGUAAAUGAUGUGAGGUUCCUGUGUGCAUGUGCUGUGGAUUUAUGUUCAGAAAGGACCAAAGACAGCCACAGUGAAUACCUCAAUCCUCCCUUCAUGGGCCAGAGAAAUUCCCACCCAAAGUUGUUCCCGGGGGACAUUGUGGAGUAUCCCAGGAACAAAUACUUCUCUCAUUUCGGAGUGUACUAUGGAGAAAGGGACGGGGUUCCAUACGUCGCUCACCUGACGUGUCGAGAUUCAGACACCAAACUGCUGCUGUACGGCCGAGCUCUGAGGUCAGAGGUCAAACUGGACCCUCUGGAGCUUCUGGGGAAGAAAUACAAGGUCAACAACAUGCUGGAUGACACGCACCCUCCGCGGGACUUCCACGGUGUGGUGAAGCCCGCCAUCGAGGACAUGAUGGGCCGCGAGGUGACCUUUGACAUCCUGUUUCACAACAGCGAGCAUCAGGCGACGCUUUUCAGAUACGGAGUAAAGAAGUCUGAACAGAUUGAUGAGAUCUACAAGUACAUCAUGCCGGCCUGGAAGAAACUCUUCAAGGAGAAACAGCUGUGAGCCAGGUGUGCGCUCAUCUUCACCACCAGGGGGUGCUGUUCUUCUCUGAAUCAGCUACAUGAAGUUUGGAGGAAGUUUUAAAAAAGUCCUUCUCCUCGGUUUCUAUCCUUACA